CACACAGCAACGUAACACUUGCAAACACAUCUACUUGAGAAACAGCAAAUCCAGCUCUUAAAAGAUUUCUUCAGAAGCGCUAAUGGCCUCCUCUUACUACUUCCUUCUUCUCGCUGCUGUUCUUGCGUUGGCCUCAUGGCAGGCCAUCGCUUCAGAUCCUAGUCCUCUCCAAGACUUCUGUGUGGCAGACAACAGUUCACGUGUUCUUGUCAAUGGAUUUGUUUGCAAAGACCCAAAGGAUGUGAAAGCAGAUGACUUCUUCCUGGCAGCAAAACUUGACAUGCCAAGGGACACAAAAACAAACAAGGUUGGGUCCAAUGUCACAUUGAUCAAUGUUAUGAGGAUUCCUGGCCUCAACACACUUGGUAUCUCCCUGGCGCGCAUCGACUAUGCAUCCUUGGGCGAGAACCCGCCACACACUCACCCUCAUGCCACCGAGAUUCUCACCGUGCUAGAAGGGACACUUUAUGUUGGCUUUGUGACGUCAAACCCAGAAAACAAGUUUUUAUCCAAGGUGCUCAACAGGGGUGAUGUGUUUGUUUUCCCGGAAGGACUCAUUCACUUUCAGUUCAACCCCAACCCCCACAAACCGGCAGUUGCAAUUGCUGCACUUAGCAGCCAGAACCCUGGUGCCAUCACCAUUGCCAAUGCUGUGUUUGGGUCAAAGCCGACAAUCUCUGAUGAUGUUCUCGCCAAGGCCUUUCAGGUGGACAAGAAGACUGUGGACUGGCUCCAAGCUCAGUUCUGGACUGACAACCAAAAUUAACUAAUUGUAUUUUGUAACAUUAGUUUGUUUUUUUAUAUGUGAGUACUCAUGUAUUGAUUUGUUUGAAAUGAUGAAUGAACUAUUGGUUUAAUA